GGGGGAUAUGACGCUUUUGUAACAGAUAAGGAAUCAGAACCUCUAAUUGUUCGCUACUUAAAAUCCCAUCUGACCGGAAAACAAGGCCGUCGCUUGUAUCUCAGCUUCCAUCCCUACUGUCUAUUACGAAGUGUAACCAUGAACUAUCCUAUGAGAGACAAAGCUGCUCACUUCAGACGGCCUCUGGGACAAGACCAGAACACGGCCAACAUACCCAUCAUUGACAUUUCUGCUCCUGAUGCCGACCAAAAAGAAGUUGCUAAACAGCUUGUCGACGCUGCUGAAGAGCAUGGUUUCAUUUACAUCCGCAACCUGGGCCAUGACAUUCAAGCUAAGGACAUCGAUGGGGCGUUUGAUCUGGUGAGUCAGAAAGACAUUCGAAUGCCCUUUGGAAGAGAAGCAAAGGUGCACGAUCCAGACUAACAACCGUGGGUGGUCUGGCAUGCACUCUGAAACACUGGAUCCUAAACAUCAAAAGGUCGGGGACUUCAAAGAAGCCUUCAACUUUGGCGAGUUCGCAGAUGGGAAAGCUCAACAGCCUCUCCCAUCUGACCUGGUUUCCGAUGAGCCUCAGAUAAGUGCUUUUGCUAACUCCUGUCAUGACCUCUGCCAGAAGCUUCUCUACCUUCUUGGCCUAGGUCUCGGUGUCGACGAUUUCUUCUCCUCUGCUCACAACACAGAAAAAGGCGCUUCGAGCUCUAUCCUUCGGUUUCUACGUUAUCCACCCCCCGAGUCUACUGCACACUCCGAAGAUGACAUUCGUGCUGGAGCUCAUUCAGAUUACGGUUCUAUCACUCUCCUCUUCCGUCUAAAGGGACAAGCAGGACUCGAAGUUCUCAGAAAGGAUAACGUUUGGGCACCUGUUCCCGUGUGUCCUGAUGGCACUGAAGAAGACCCUAGCCCACCCAUUCUCAUCAACAUCGGCGACCUAUUGUCAUACUGGACGAACGGGCUCUUCCGCAGCACUUUACAUAGAGUUGUGUUCCCCUCAGAAGGCAGCUCCGGGGUGCAAGGGGAGACAAGCAAUGGACCAAGAUAUUCAAUCGCGUACUUCUGUCAUCCUGUCGGGGCCGCACCUCUUGAGCCUGUCCCUAGCGAAAGAGUAAAGAACUUCACGCCCUCCGAGGGAGUGUCCAGCGAGAACCCUUAUGCUACAAGAAAGGUCAUGACAGCUGAUGAGCACCUAUUUAUGAGACUCAAGGAGAGUUACGGCGAUCUUUAUGAAAAGAAAUCAUAGCUACAUCACACAUAGACAGGACAGCACAGCCAUUUUAUUGAUAUGGUGAUUCGGCAUGCAUGAGCUAAUGUGGUCUACCAGGUGUGUUUUGACCCCAGAUCUCUCAUCACUGGGUGCCUGGUUUCAGAUAGUGUGAAGCUUCCAACGCAUGCGCCAGUCAGAGAACCCAUGAAAGUACUUCUCUUCGAUAGACUCGUCUUCUUGUGUCGUGAGAUAGGACAAAAAGCGCCAGUCGUGAAUUUCGAUGUGCGUGCCCUUGUUGAAAAGAUUGUCCUUACGAAGCUCCUUGAACCUUUCCGCUAGGUUCUUGAACACAAGUUUAUUGUCGCUAUCGCACACAACAUAAGCCUUUGAAGGAAUAGUGAUUUUCCCUUUCUGUCUGGCCUCCUUCUCGGCAUUGAGCCAUGUGUCGAUGUCAGUGACAGGGGCGUCAACACCAUGCUGAGCGAGAAGUUUUUUUGCUUCUUUCAUGGCGAGAAGGCCUGGCAAAAAGAGUACAACUGCGUUUGCAAGCAUGCAGUCUUCGCCAGCAUAGACACAUUUCCUUUUCAAUGCCGUUGUUACUUUGGUUGUUGACGGUUUCAGGCGCUCGGGGUUGGUCUCUGUCUGAAGCUCGCCAGUGCCUGGAUUGAUGAUGAACUUUACGACUUCAGCGUUGACCCCAUCGGAGUUGCUGGAUUCAUCAAAGAAGCUCUCGCUCGGAGAGGAAGGACAGCAUGGUGCGCAAGAAGACUUGGCGGGCUGAGGUCGCGGGUUGUUGUCCCUGGCGGCGAGAGGUGCGCGUGGUUGUGAAGCAAUAUCGAUGUAUGGGUAGUCUUUUUGGCUUAUCGAUGUUUCACUGCUACUCUUCAAGCGUUUAUGCUGCGAAGUUGGUCCAGUGGAGGGCAGGCCACGUUUGUGUUUGGCGCACAAUUUCGUUGGUGACGAUGGUUCAGUCCGCAAAGAUGUUGUCGCUGUUAUGGAAGGCAAAUCCAAAGAUGGGGCCCUGUGGACUCUUUCCCGUCGGCCGCGGCAAGGGCUGACUUGAACUGGUGAUUUUGUAGCCAAGGGCGACUUCGGAGACCAUGUAGAGGUGGUAUUUUGUGUUGAUUUGCGAGGCGACGGUGUUGGCAUAGUAGUCACUGUCAACUGGCUCGCAGCGUCAACAGCAAUACCACGAGGGUCAGCUGCUUCGAGUUUUGCAAUCCACUGUAGAUUCUCCUGGCUAUCUUCUAAUUUGCCGGCAGUCGUAGCCUCCUUUGCCAGCGCCUGCAACUGCUCGAAAGAUAUGGUGUCCGUGAAUUCCCGGUCAAAGUGAACUUUCGUCACCGAAGGAAAUCUGAGACUCCAGAAGCCAGUGUUUCCCACUCGGUCAAAGCUGAAGCAUUUCAAAUCAAACACCAAUGGUUUAGUGAAUAUGAACGUCGGCGGUGAACCUUGUUCAACCCCAGGAGCCAGUUUGAGAGCCAGUGCCCCAUUGUCGUCGGGAGAAACAGGCUCCGGGUUCGAAUAAAUGACAACUUCUCUCAGGAUAGUUUCGUUCAGCUCUACAACAUUGACGAUGGUGAAUUCUGGCUUAGCGCCCCAGCUUUUGACUGCUUCUCUGUUGUCCAGGCAGCCAAUGUAGAAAUGAGUCCACUUGAGCCCUGGAAUUCGGUAACUCAAGGCUUUUGUCGAGUCAUAUCUGGCACCGACAACCGAAAAGUCGCCAACAUCUCCAAAAUUGCCAAUGUAUUCCUUCUUGAGCUUGAUGCAGCAGCUCGAAAACCUUCGCCUCUGGUCUGUAAAGUCGAAAUAUGGCUCAUCUGGUUUCAAAACAAGGCCUUCUUUCCAAGCCAAAAUAACCAUGGCAAAAGCUUUACGAAGAGUUGAGGCUCCCAGAGGCUGUCCAAAAUCAAUGACUUGGCGCGGAACGAGGCCCGCCCAUCCUUUACGGCAACAAACGAGGUUGGAGAGGAUCUUGAAUCUCUCUGAAUGCCUCAAAUUGAUCAGAGACUGAUCUUCCAAAAGCAUAACGUCGUAAUAAAUUAUCAUGAGGUGUUCCUGGGGCCCAGGCCUACGAGUUUAGUAACACAUGGUGAAGAAAGCACGGAAAACUUACAAGGAGUCUAGCUCUGUGUUCAAAAACCUUCCUCUUCGUGAUACAUGCUUCCUAAUCCUAUGAAACGGAAGUAUCUUCUCCUGCUGUUCUAUGUUAAAACGAGCUAAGAAGGUGACCGAAGAUACCUACAGAAUCGUCAUAUACAACUAAUUCCCCUUCCAAUAUGCACGCUUUCUUGACUCGGGUGUCGGGCUGUCCAAUUUUGAGUGAUUCUUGUAUGAUCCUGUCCAGGGGGUCAGUUCGUAUAUGCGUAUCGUAUCAUUUGUACUGGCCCGUGAAGUGCAACUCUAUCUUCUGUGCUAUCUUUGCCGCUCUUCGAGAAUAUCUGUAUGCAUUUAUCCCCUUUGCUUGGGUCGACGUGGAUCUGACAGUAUUCGCCAUCAAUCUUUUCCUCCACACUCAUGCGCCCAUGGCCCAUGUCUAGACAAUGCUUAAUGCUACGUCCCUUGACCCAAGGGUGUCGUCCAAUUUUGACACCCAGUUGAGGUUUGACUGUGCCCAUGAUCUGUUCGCGUGGUGUUUUGCGCCCAGCAUUUGGAAGAAGCCUUCCUCGUAUUGCUUGAAGGGAAGUGAUCGCAGUAGCAAAAUCAUCCUGUAUCUUCACAACGCAGGGCAAAAUAGGAUCACACAGUCGAUAUAUGAGUUGCGGGUCUAGAACGAGCGGCUGGUAGCUUUUCAAAACAAGCCGCGUGAACCAUUUUGCCUCUGUUGCACUCAACCUUCUGUAGAGGCUCUCAAGAUCAGUCCUGUUGCUUGGAGUCAGGCUAGCCUGUGAGGCACGAAUCGAGGGGGAGCUCCAUUUUAUUUUAGCCGCGAGAGAAUGAAGAAGUUGGUCAAUUUCUUCAACUGUAACAAGGUUUUUAUGAUCGUAGCUAGGGCUUGGCUGAUACGCGAUUAGCUGGCAGCUUCCAAGCCCCGGGUAUACUUACUGUGACUGUGAGGAUGCGAAAAACACAGUCUGCCAAAUCGACACCAGACCCUGGCUGGCGGUACUGAGCUAACUCCUUAAUCCUUGACGAGCCAAGUAGAUAUGCACGGCCAAUGAUUCUUUCCAGGCUGGCAGAUUGAAUACAGUAAACUCGAUCGGUCCUUUUUUCAGGAAGAAGUGUCGAUAACAGCGCCGGGAGGUUCGUAUCGUGAGCAUCUACGUAGUUGCGAUGGCGAGUGAACCACUUUGUGACAGUGUUCGAGCAACUCUUCUUAUCAAGAGAAAGAAGGAAGGAUUGCUCGAGUAAUUCACAGACCAAAGAGAAUGGAAGCGGCAUGCCUAGUAUACCAAAAAGAUGUCGUUGUACGAGAACAAAGAACAGCUCGUGACUUAGAUUUCGCAACUCGGAUGAACGGGUGGAGGUGGUUCAAUUGUUCAUACUAAAGUGGAGAGAACAGGCAGCACAGUCACCGCAUGAAAGCAAAAGAUGCCAUUCUCACGAGCUUCCAACAAGAGGGAGUGGCAGUGCCUGAGGUUGUUGGCGAAAAUGAGUGAGAUAAUUUACUUGUCAG